AUGACGGUACAAGAAAGAACUAUAUACUAUAAACAAGGAAAGAUAGAUACACAGCAGCAGCAGCAGCAGCAGCAGCAACAUGCUGCUGCUGCUGCUGCUGCUGCUGCAGCGGCGGUGGGAGGAGGAGGGGGAGGGGCGGGGAGUGCGGAGAAGGGCGGUGGUUGUGGAGGAAAUGCUGCAGUUGCUGGGAUGCAGCAGCAGCAGCAACAGCAGCAGCAGCAGCAGCAGCAGCAACAGCAGCAGCAGGUUAAGGUUGAGGUGUUUCAACAUAAUACAGAUGCUGCUGCUGCUGGUAUGAGAAAUAUUGCUGCUGUAUCAUCAUCAUCUGCUGCUGCUGCUGCUGCUGCUGCUGGUGGUGCUGCUGGUGGUUCUGGUCCUGGUUCUGCUGCUGGUGGUGUUGGGGGAACUGCAGCACAGGGGGCUCCUGUUGCUGCUGUUCCUGCUGCACCGCAGCAGCAGCAGCAGCAACAACAAACAGGACGCGGCAGCAGAAAGCGUCAGCGGGAGCUUCUUGCUGCAGCAGCAGCAGCAAAUGCAGCAGAAGCAGCAGCAGCAGCAACAACAGCAGCAGCAGCAACAAGUGAAAGAGGAGGCUCGAAGGCACGCAAGCCAGAGAGGCAACACACACCCAGAGCAGCAGCAGCAGCAGCAGCUGCUGCUGCUGCUGCUGCAGCAGCAGCAGCAGCACAAACUCCUCACCAUCAUCAACAUAAAGCUCUAGCAGCAGCAGAAGAGGAGAUCCCGCUGCGUGCAGGCAGCAGCAGCAACAGAAGCAGCAGCAGCAAAAGCAGCAGCAGCAGCAGCAGCAAAAACAGCAGCACUCUUGCUGAUGGCGUGAGUGAAGCGCUCCUGAACUUCCCAGCAGCAGCAGCAGCAGCAGCUGCUGCUGCUGCUGCUGCUGCUGCAGCUGGCAGCAACAGCAGCAGCAGCAGCAACUUACUUGAUGCUGUUGGGGGACGUGCUGCUGCUGCUGCUGCUUCUCCUCUUCGUGGCCCCCACAAAGAAAGCAACUACGGUGGGGGUGCUUCUGCUGCUGCUCAGCUGCAGCAGCAACUGCAGCAGCAGCUGCAGCAGCACCUGCAUCAACAGCUGCAGCAGCAGCAGCUGCAGCAGCAGCAGCAACGAUUGCAGAAGCAGAUUGAAGGUGGAAUGUUUAACAAGGCCCAUGACAGCAGCAGCGCGUUGUCUGCUGCUGCACCUGCUGCUGCUGCACCUGCUGCUGCUGCUGCUGCUGCUCCUGCUGCUGCUGCUGCUGCUGCUGCUGAGUGGAGCUGCGAAGAGCUUGCUGCUGAUAUUGCUGCUUCUCUGGGGCUGCCGCUUGAGGUCUUUGCUGCUAGGCUUUCUCACUUUAUAAACAAGUCUGAGGGGAGAGGAGCAGCAGCAGCAGCAGCAGCAGCAGCACCAGCAGCAGCAGGAGCAGCAGCAGCAGCACCAGCAGCAGCAGCAGGAACUGGCGCUGCAGCAGCAGAAAGAAAUGCUGCAGACGCCUCACCAGUACCCACACUAAACUCAGCAGCAUUUGGGGCCCCUUGA